CACGUCAUGCCGCGCGCGUGUGGCCUAGUCUUUUUUCACUCGCUGCUGGUUGGACAAACCGUCCCUGUUCGGACCGAUCGCCUUCAUAUCGCCGACUUGCCCCGCACCCAGGGAGACAGGCAGGCAAGGCAGAGGACACGUACGCACGAAAUAGUACCAUAUAUCCUGCAGGAGAAACUUUGCCGGGAGUCUUGUCACGAAAACCUCCUCGCCGAGGUCGAAUUGGAACACUGCAACAGAGUCCGGACGAAGUGGAAUCGGCUUCGGUGCCAACCUUCGAACCAAUCCGAAAUGCCGUGGACCCUGAACGGCGACCACGACGACGACGAGUCGGAUAGGUUUGCAGGAACCUGCAAGAUCGUCGACCUCUACCCCGAGUCCUCAGGCACAGAAACAGUGUCCGAAGACGACUCACCCCAAAACGGCCGAACAACCCGAAAACAACACCGAAACCGCAACCCACCCCCGCUUUCCGAAGCCGAUACCGACGAUGAAGUCGAGGAGGCGGUGUUUCGCAGUCUGGGUGCGGAGCACCCGAAAACGAAGCUGUAUUUCCGACGCAAAAAGGAGAAACGCAUAGAACGGGAGCGGCAACGGGAGUUACUCCGUCUGCGUCAUGGAGACAGGCGCGGGAGACGGAGCAGAGUGGUCUCUGGCGAAUCGGUGCGUCCGCUGUUCUCGGAUGGGGAUCCGCAGACGUACCCGGAGCUGACGGAUAAGAUGAGGGAGGCGGAUGAGGGGCCCGAAGGGAAAUUGCGCUCUGUGUGGCUUCCGAAACUAGGGCUUUUGGAGAUUGGGUUUCCGAAGGGAUACAAGCUCUUUGAGACGAGGAGGCAUGUGGGGACCCAUGUGGACGCUUAUUUGUAUGGACACCCUAGCGGGAGACGGUAUCGAUCACCGGCCGAAUUUGAGCCGCAUCUGAGAUGGCUGGUUGAGGGCAAGCCUACGGUUCCUUGUCCUUGCCAGUUUUGCAAAGGCCAACCAUUAUCGGAAGAUCGGGCGGCAGAGCUGGUGGCGAUUGUCGAGAAGAAUUUCGGUGCAUCGUUUGAUCAUGAUUCUAUUCACGCGCAUUAUCUCCAGCCCCGUGACGACUCGCCUCCAUUAAACGGGCACAAUGCCGCUGAGGAGAUCUCUCGAGUCCCCAGUGCUGAGUCUUCGGAGACAAACAGUGUCGGGAAGGGUGUACAAUCAAUGAUCGAUGAUGAAGCGGAUGGUGGCAAGGGUGCCAUUCGCUCGUCCACAGUCACUUCCGUCAAAGUCGAAGUCACCGCGGAAUCGAAUGGCCGUUUUGUGGAUGAGGUUUUCGAGUACCAGACCAUCGAAGAAGACGCAGACUCUCUAUCAUCUCCUGAUCGGGCGAUAUCAGCGAAGCGAAAAGCAUCGGAUUCAGAUUCAGACGAGGAUUUCCCGUUUCGAAAAGUCUCAAAACUAUCGCAUUCUGGAUCUGCGAGCGAUGCAGAGAUCGUGGAAGUGAAUGGGUCUGAAGACGGCCUGAGGGAUAACGGCGAUGGCGAAGUAGAUACAGGAUGGAAUCAAUCAGACAACGACGAUGAUGGUUGGAUUACAGACGACGAUGAGAUGGAAAUGAAAACAGACAUUGAAGAAAAUGAUGAUGUGGACGUGAAUGAUGACGACGGCGCCGAAGCCGCCUGGCGAUCUUCCGACGGGAUAGGCGCCGGCUGGACAACCGACGACAAACCCACCCGAGGCGGCUGGGACAUUGAAGACGACGAUCCCGGCCAAUGCUGCAGCUACAAGAUGGAGCCAGAUCCCAACGGCAUGGAACCCGACCUCGACAGCAGUGAAGACGAAGACGCCGGCAUCGCCUACGAACCGCGCUGCGGCGAGCUGGUCUGGUGCCUCUCCGAUCUGCUCGAUCUCAACCCACCGCCCCGUGGGACCGAAAUGCCGGAUUACUGGCCGUGUCUUGUCGUUGCGGAGCGGGUCAUUGCACAGGCGUUCCCUAUCAUCGCUAAACGGCAGGGGAAGCGGGUUAGGACGAACAGUGGCGAGGGGGCGUGGGUCGUUCCGCUCCCUGUGUCGUCCGUGCAAGAUGCGCGAAACGUGGCCGCGAAUGGGAACAUCCAUACAUCAAGCAUCCCGUCCUUCGGUCUGCGCGAACCGUCCUACGUCGAGUACGCGCAGAUCAAGAAAACCGAGGAACGCCGCGACCGGCGCGGGAGCGUCGCCUCUUCAACUGUAUCCGUACCCACUAUCGCACCAUUCUUCGCCCGAAACCCGUUUGAAGAUUUCCCCGACCUGCCGGAAUUGAAAAACAGUAGAGGCCACGUAGCCCUCUACGCCGCAGUCAUCCAAGCCGUAGGCAUCGCCGCCUCCUACGAAGGAUACACCCACCAACAAAUCUUCGACGACAAAUUCAGCUUCUUGGAAGAAGACGGGUUGCUCAGCUCUCCAUCGCUACCCCCAGCGUCGAUCGACAGCGACGUCUCAGUCACAUCCACAAUCUCCGUCGAAGACGAUCCCGCCCCAACAACACCUUACCAACGCCUCUGGGCCGCCCGCCUCGGCCCGGAGAUCGUGCACCCUGACGAUGUCCUCUACGUCGCGCACCGGGCGACAGAGACUACCCAGCCUGAAUGUUUGCUUAAAAUCCUCUCGAUAUACCAGGACAGGGCUACGCGAAAGAUAUGGUUCCUUGGCCGUGCACUGCUUGCUGAUAGCGAUGAUGAGGAUGGGAGCGAUGAUGAUGAGAAGGGUAGCGAGGGGCGCUUCGCGCCUAGCGAACUCCACGAUGAGGGGAUGGAACAUGGACAUGAACAUGACCCGGAAUUGGAGUAUUUAGCGCAAGCGAUCGUUGACGCGGAGGAUGACGAUGACGAUGGGGAGUGGAGCGAGGAUGAGGAGAUGGCGAGGAAGGUGUUGGAGGCAAGGACGGGGGAUUUCGGGGUGGUGGGUGGGGAGAUGGGUGUGGCUGAUGGUGAGGAGGUUGAGGACGAGGAAGAGGAAGAGGAAGAGGACGGGAUGAUGAUUGACGAGGUGAUUGAGGCGCGGAUACGGGAGUUGAGAAGGGCUGUGGGGGAUGGGGGGAGUGGAGAUGAGGGGGACAUGGAGGCCGAUGAUGCCGGGAGACGAGAUAGGGAUGCGGAUUCGAGCGACGCCAGUGACUCUGAAGAUGGAAAAGGCGGACACCUCGCAUCGUCAUCGCCUGCACGCGUCGACAAAUCUUCAACGCCUUCACCAACCCGCCGAACCACCUCAUCCACCACCCCAGCCAAGCGAUCCACCCCCAACAACCACUCCUCCUCUCUCAAAGCAUCACAGGACGCAGAAGCCGAGGAAGGUUCGCCCUCACCGACAGUAACAGUCUUCUACCGCGUAAACAGCGACCACGUCAUUUGUCGCGCCGUGCCGCAGUUUAGGAUUGUGGAAAGACUGAAGGCGGUGAGGGAGGAGGUGGGGGCGUGGAGGGGGUGGGUUAGGGCUGGGGAUGUUGGGGGUGUUUGA